CCCAUCAAAGCAUAAAGAAAGCUUGAAAAGCUGAGGUCAACUACAACAUCAACCUACCGAAAGAUCAAACCCCAGCCACUCUGGAAACAAUGAGAGAAGAAAUCAUACAUGAAGUCAAAAAGACUGAGAGAAACCAAUUAGUCAUAAGUAAGCUCAUGAACACAACCUAUGCCCUUCGUCGCCAAGAAAUUGUUGGAGCUCUUGUAGCCCCACGGGUGAGAGAUGUCGUGGACAGAUGGCCAGCCCUACUUAUGGAGUCACAGGUGUUUGCAGAGUUCCACCGAAUCAACAAUGUUAACCUGCGCAAUCAAUUCUACAAGGAGCUGGACAGACACACGCCGAGACUCAUCACCUUGUUCAGAGACAAGGCCACCAAGACUAGCGAGAUAGCGGAGGAGCUAGCCAAGUUCGUGAGGAUUUAUGACCUUCAGGAACAACGUGAUGUAAAUAUGAGACGGGCCUUCGUCCUUCGCGCACUUCCUGUGUACCUGCGUGAAGAUGCCUCCAAGUUCUUCAGGACCUGUAAUUCAGCAGAUGGUCCAGACCUCACUGACACUCCGGUGGCUCUCCUGACAGUCGUCGCGGAUGACACUACUGAUGCGGCCCUCUUCAGCCCUGAGAGCAUCUGUAUUGUCGUGGAAGAUGAAAUACUUGUGAGUGGUCCCACAAAUCUGGCAGACUCAUUUCUCCAGCUGUUUGGUUACGUCUAUGCACUAGACCUACAGUACCCAAAGAAUCUUGAGCUUACAUUCACAUUUAUCCAAAAAGUUGUGAUGUGUCUUGAAGACAACAAACCACUGAAAGGCCGUCUACUGACGCUGAAGAAUGAUUUGUUCAAUGAGUGA